CUUGGCGGCGGAGCGAUGAGCGGUUCGAACCCGAAGGCGGCGGCGGCGGCUGCAGCGGCUGCGGCGGGGCCGGGGCCCGGGGCUCUGGGGGGAACCAAGGACGAGAAGAAGAAGCCCGGUGGCGGCGUCCUGAACCGGCUCAAGGCCCGGCGCCAGCCGCCGUCCGCCGCCCACCACCAUCCCGCGGACGGCGGCGGCAGCGGCUCUGGGAGGCCCGAGGCCAGGCGGGUCCCGCCGGUCACGGAGCAGGAGCUGCUGGCGCUGGAGACCAUCCGGCCCGAGCACGUCCUGCGCCUGAGCCGCGUCACGGAGAACUAUCUUUGCAGACCCGAGGACAACAUCUACAGUAUUGAUUUUACCCGAUUUAAAAUACGUGAUUUGGAAACAGGGACGGUGCUCUUUGAAAUUGCCAAGCCUUCUGCUUCAGACCAAGAGGAGGAGGAGGAGGAAGAAAGCGGAGAGGUAGACACCAGUGCAGGACGUUUUGUUCGCUAUCAGUUCACGCCCGCAUUUCUCCGACUCCGAACGGUUGGGGCCACGGUGGAGUUCACUGUAGGAGACAAGCCAGUAUCUAACUUCCGAAUGAUUGAACGGCACUAUUUUCGGGAGCGUUUGCUGAAAAACUUUGACUUUGAUUUUGGCUUCUGCAUCCCCAGUAGCAGGAAUACAUGUGAACAUAUCUAUGAGUUUCCUCAGCUCUCCGAGGAUGUCAUUCGCCUCAUGGUGGAGCACCCUUACGAGACUCGCUCGGACAGCUUCUACUUUGUGGACAACAAGCUGAUCAUGCACAACAAGGCUGACUACGCCUACAACGGGGGGCAGUAGCUGCGGGCAGGAGGGCGAGGUGCUGCACCUGGCGUGCCGAGGGGACCAAGCCACGAGGACCACGACCACAGCCCCCAGCCCGGCGGAGCAGCGCAGCUUCCUCGCCACCCCGGGAAAUGCCGAGCAGGGCUGCUCUUCCCUCCCCCAGCCCCCUUUCCUCCCUUUCUUCUUGCUGUCCCUUAGAUCUUGAAGGUACUCUUGUUGAAUAACGGGUUAGGAUAAGGCCUUUUUAAGCCAGUUAAAGAAGAAAGUUUAUUUCCACUUGGUUUUAGCUGUGUUCACUUGUUUGUGCUUUCCAGCUGAGCCCUCUCCUAGAGAACUACAAGUGGGGGGCUUCAGGGGGCUCCCCAGGACUUAGCAGCCGCCUUGGAAGGGGCAGGUGUCCCGUGGCCGUGGGCGCCUCUGGCUUGGGCUUCCACCUCCGCCGCUCCUCUCACGGCCUCGGCGCUUUCGUGCCCUGGUACCGGCCCAGAGGAGCCGGGGGUGGGAGGAGCAGGGGGCAGGGCAAAGCGGGGCUGUGGCCUGGGAGGGGGUCGUAAGGCCCCUCCUAGAGUUAAAUUCCUGGAGAAGCCUGGCUCUCUCUGUUCCCAGGACCCUUGGUCAGGCGGGGUGCCUUUCCCGGAGUCACCCCAAGGUCUCGGCCUCUCCCAAGGGAACUUCCCAGGCAGGACUCCUCUCUCCAAACUGGCAGUGCCUUCCUGUUCCUGUCCUCAUGCCGGGGAGCUUUCAACCCGUGGCCAUUUUGGCUUUUGCCGCCUUACGAACGCUCAUUUCAUCUCCUUAGGUAGAAUGUGUUGGUUUUAUUUGUGGGGUAAUAGUCUACUCUGGGGCUGGAGCAGCCUAUUGCUUCCCGGUCUUCCCCCCACUGUAUUAUUUUGAAAAAUUCUGAACUUGUCAAAGAUGUUAUACUUUGACAAUGGUGUUUCCAGCUUAUCUGAUCUGAGGCUAGACUCAAAAUAGUAUUAACCAGGUUCCCAGAACCCAUUGUGGUCAUCAGGGGAACACAGUCUUACAUGAAGGGGACUCGGUCUAUAUGUUGUGGCCCGGAGCUUUGGAGGAGGAAAGAACAGACGCUGACUGUCCAUAUGGAGUGACCUGAACUUAAGCAACUUCUUGACUUGAUUCCCCACCAAAGUUAGCAGAACCUUCCCAGGCUGUCAGACCAAAGUAAAGGUUGUGGCCUUUGUUAACUAUGGGACGAGAGAGGUUUGGGGGGAGGUCGGGACAGGUAGGAUCGCUCUCUCGGACGACCCUAACAGACCUUGCACAUCUCCUUGGGAACUUGAGACUUGUGUCUCUGCAUUGUUUCUCUUUAGGUGCUCACUGAAACGUGGCUGUUUAACAAGCAGUAUGUCGCUGCUGGUCACCAAUAGCACUAUUCUAAAGCUGUCUGGAGGAAGUUCCCAGAGGGACUUUCAAUCAAAGCCCCGAGAGAGCCACCAACACUGGGGCAAAAGCAGAGCCCCUGAGACCAGCCGGAGGUCGUAGGUCCCUGCCUCUGUCUGUUGGAGCCCCUCUGGUCAUCGUGAGGUUCCGGGGCUAGCUUGAAAACCAGGGUGGUGGGGAUGGGUCAGCCCUGCUUUCCUAGGGCUGUGCCUUGGCCACAUCCCCUGUGCCAAGAGCUCCUCGGCCUGGAGGUUGGGCUUGCAGGCCGAGUGAGGGGAGCCCGAGCCCGAGAGAGAGUUGAGCAGAAAUCCUGGUGCCUUACCUGUGGCUUUGCCCCAGUGCUGCUGGGGAAGCAUUCUCGCUGUGGUUUCCUCUCCCUCGUUCCCGGGCAGCUGUUGCUUCCACCUUGUGACUUUUGGUUCCCUUUCAGUUGUGUUGAGCUGCAGAGUGCCCACAGGGGCGACGUUGGGGAGCUGUGCAGACCCUCUCUGCCCCGUCUCGAGCCGGAGACUGUGUCCCGGGGGCCGGGGUGGAUGGCUCCGCACAGAGUAGGCUUGGUUUUAGGAUGGACUUUUCCAGGUUUAUCCAUGGGUGGGGUUCACUUUCCCCAGAAUCACAGAGGUCAGGUGUUUGAGGCUGUGGGUCUUUGUGGCUGGUCCUCGGCCCUGCGCCCUGAAACUUCCUUGGAACUCUAAAGACUCUGGGAACCCUGAAGGUGAAGUGGGAAGUCGCCCCCCUUGAGAAGGAACCAGUGGUGUUGUGUCCAUUUUCUGGCUUCUGUCCUUGGUGGUGAAGAAAUGCUAGGGACCCACGGCCAGCGUGAGGUGCGAUGUGAAGGGCAGGUUAGAGCCGGUCUGUCGCAGAGAUGAGAGAGGAUGCCCAGCUCCCUCUAAGCCCAGAAGCCACGUCCCUGAGGCCGCGCUUGGCCCUCCGGGCGGCUUCCAGGGCUUGUCCUGCUGCAUUCCAGGGACCGUCCUGUGGGCUCUGCCCCCGUCCCCCUGUCCUUUCCCUCCUGUCCGUCACAUUUCACCUUAGAGCAAACAGCAGCCAGUCCUUUUCUCCAGAGCCUCAGGACUAAGCUCCCUCCUCCAAAGAAGAUCCUCAUUUGUUAAGUGAAACCUCCUGAUGGGUAAGUAGAGAACCGAUGAAGAUAGAAGUUGGGUGAGCCAGCCUGGCUUCUGGCUUCCAGCUAGUGGGCUUUGAGAAGUAGUGCAGGGACACGGGCCUCCUGAGGGAGCCAGUCUGUGCGCCUUUGUGAUCAGGUGACAGUGUUGGUGUGUGGGGACUUCUCAAGCAGCCCCUGAUUGGGUCUUCAUGGGGGGGGGGGGGGGGGAGGCACAUCUGUAAGUGUUUACCGCAGGGCAUUUGAAUGGACAAUUUUCACUUGAUGAAGAACGCAUCCAAGAGAUGUGACUUUGCUAUCCUAGCUGUGAGCGGCUCGCCAGGGAGGUAGGUCACUCGCGGCCUUGUAGGUGAUGUCCCCCCGCUGGGCCAGGGGUUGGGGCAGAGUGCUCAGAAGUCUAAGUCCGGCAUGUGCUCUUGCACUGAGCAUUGUUCCCAAAUGCAGAAAUUACCUCCCAGGAGUGUGAGCCCAGUGAUCUGAGGCACUCCAUCGCUGCCAUCUCCAUGUUACUCAUUUCUUUUGUACAAGACGGAUCUGGUGGUUGGUGGAUUUUCCCUCUUGUUUUACAAAGGAUCAUGUAAAUUCAUUGAAGUUGUAAAAUUCUAUUUUUUCCAUGUAAAUCUAUUUUCACAGAAUGUAAGAAGCAUCAGUGACCUGGUCUAUACCUCUCCCUUUCUUCCCUCUCUCUCCACCUGAGACCUUUCUUCCUUUGUAAUGUCUCUCUGUCCAAAGUGAACUAGGUGACUUAUUUGUAUAAAAUGUUAUUUUGUCACAGUCGAUAAGAAUAAAAGGACAUUUUCUCA